GCCGGGAGCCCGGGACACGGCCCCUCCCUCCUCCCCUCUUCGUCGUCCCGGCCGAGAGGGGCGCAACCCCAAUUCCCACCGCCUCCGCCUUUCGUCUCCGGCCGCCGGUGCCGCGGAAGGUGCACUCUCCUCGCAACUCGCCGCAACCGAGGACAACGCCGCGCGGUCCCUCCCUCCCUCUCUUUAUCUCUGUGGGAUCCUCCACCCGACGCGACGCGACUCGACGCUCCUCAGUCCACUGCUGCGUGCCGGCGCCAGCAGGCCGCAGCGCCGCUUCCCUCUCGGAAGUCUAGUGGGGAUGGAGAUCCGUCCGGACUAGGGUCGAUUCCUUCACGUGCUGGAUUGUUAAUAAUGGGAGACAAUAAAUGGAUGGGAAAAAGGUGGGAGGACAUGGAUACUGAUGUCCUCGUGAAGAUAUUCAAGGAGUUAAAUUUGGUUGAGCUGUCACCAGUAUCUCAAGUUUGUCGUUUGUGGCGUUUGGCCUGUUCAGAUCCACUUAUUUGGGGCACUCUUGACUUUGGAUUGUUAAAAUCCAAUUUUAUUCAAACAAGAGCAUCACCAUAUAUUUGGGUUGAUGAUAGGUCUGACAAGAGACUUGGAAGAAUACUGCGGGUGGCUAUGGCAAUUAGCUGUGGAAAUGUCAAUUGCAUGAUAUUUCACUACAAUUUGUACAUGAAGGAUGAUCACCUACAUUUCAUCUCAGAAAGGUCUCCUCACCUGAAGCGAUUGGUUAUGCCAGCAUGGAACCGCAUCACCAAACUGGGAAUAUGUCAAGCUAUUCAAAGGUGGGGAGAGCUGGAGUCCUUGACAAUGCCUACCAUCGGCCAUCCUCCAUAUAUUAUGGAAGAGAUAGCCAGGAGCUGCAAGAAUUUCGCAGAACUCAAGAUCAUGGGCUCAUUUGAUCACCAAUUUGCUUCGGUGAUUUUGCAGUACCUUCCAAAGCUGAAAGUGUUGAGCCUUCGUUGCUCGAAAGUGACCAUGGAUGCACUGGUCUCUUUACUGAACUCAAUGGAAUAUCUUGAGGUUCUGAAUAUUUCCCACUGCCUGCUGUUGGGCGCUGCGAUAAAUGGGCGGAGGCAAUUGGUUCAUGAGCUGGAUGACCAAACUCUCGAGAAAGCCUCACAGCUGCGUGAAUUCCACUACUGCCAGAGCAGGUCGUGCAUUGCAUGCCAGCGGAUGGUGGUGGAUGAAGGCAUAAUGCGUUGGUAUAGGUACGAGGAUUGGUUUUGGCGUCGAGAUGAGGUGAGGUCGCUUGAUCUGCAAGAUUACGGGAAGUUGUUUGAUGCGGAUUGCGAGAGGUUGACAUCUGCCGAUUAGAUGCUACUCGGGAAAUAAAACCCGUCUCAUUGUAGAAACUUGUUGACCUGGCAUUCGUAUAUCAUAGCGAGCUGUAACCGUAGAGAAAUAAUAUUGACAGCAUUGUGCGUGCAUGGCGUGUGUAGCUGAUGUUGUAAAUGCUUGAAUAGUUCGUCCUGCUUGAAGGUGUUGCAAUCAUCUCUACUGUGAUUA